ACCGCAACAACAACAUGCAUCAUAGGUAUGUAUACUUGGCCUACAAGAAGGAAAUGUAGAGGCCAGAUGGAACCACUGGGAGAUUAUUGUCAUUUUUUGUACAAUUUUCACAGAGCACCGGCGUUUAUUCAUCAAUUUUCAUUUAAUGCGCAUCACAUAUGUUUUUAUUUCCGUCGUAAACAUCAUCUGAUUCCUAAUUAACAUAUUUAUGCCAUACUGUUCUGCGCAAGGAAUUAUGACGAGAUAACCCGUUCAUUUUGAACGAGGUCAAGGGACUGCAACACGAUGUUGAAGUUCUUGAAACUGUACUUGGGACGCAGAUUGCUAAAUACUUUUUGAAAGGUGAAUAAAGCAAUUGAAAGGCAAGUGUAAAGAAGGAAAAUAAUGGUGAAACUGAGCGUUAUGCCUCCAUCCUCAUGGCAUGUGAUAACAGUUAUUUUCCUGUCUUUGGUUGUGAGUUCAUGUAACGGUGCUGGUGAGAAAAUCCUUGGGAUGUCACAUAAGGAAAUAGAGGAGCACAGUCUUAAAGCAAUAAAAGAAAUACACAGGCAUCUUGACGAUGACCAAGAUGGAGAUGUUAACCUGCAAGAGUCUAAUGAGUUUAUGUUAGAUGAACUACAUCUAGAUGAUAAAAAGAGACACUCAAAAUUUCAUGGUAAUGAUAGUUUGAUAUCGGUCGAAGAUUUGUGGAAUAGCUGGAAACAGAGCAAAGUUCACAACUGGACAACAGAGGAUGUAAUAGGAUGGCUAAAUAACAUUGUUGGACUGCCGCAAUAUGCCAACAGUUUCUCAAAGCGUAAUAUCGAUGGCAGAAUGCUACCGAGAUUCACGAAUGAAUCCUCAGGUCUCUACAUCGAUCUUGGCAUAUCUAAUGUGAAACAUCGUAAAAAGAUUUAUUUAUGUGCCACUGAUAUUGUUCUGUUUGGACCACCAAGGACAAAAGGUUACGUGAAAGAUAUCAUAUUAACUGUGAUUGUCAUUCUGAUGACAUUGGCUUGCAUCUAUGCAUUCAACGAAAGAAAGUAUGCGAAGAAACAGAUUGAGCAGAUGAUAAAAGAUGUAGAAUUUAUGCAGCAGGCUGAGGAUAAUUUGAAGAGCACUCAAGAGAAGUUAAUGAAGGCGGAGCUGGAACACAUUUCCACUGUGCAGAGUAAGAGAGACGUCGAAGAGAAGCUCAGAGAGGAAAUAGAAGUUGCCAAAAAAGAGGCUGAGAGGUUGCACAUGGAGAGAACGUAUCACGAGGAAGAGAGGACUAAAAUGAUGUUGGUCGAACAAGAAUUAAACGAGCUCAGGCGAGCGUUACAAAAAGCGGAAGUUGAAUUGGAAUCAGUUACAUCUAAAUCACCCAAAUCUCUUCAACAAUGGCUGCAUAUUACGUAUAAAAGGGAAUCGAAACAUUUUAUUGCCAAGAAAUCCAAGGCUCUCAAACAAAUGGAGGAAGCAAAAGACGCGUGUGACAAAAUUCGCAAGAAACGAAGCUCUUUCUUUGGACCCUUGCGCCUUGUUCAUGGUCAAACAAUCGAUGAUGUAGAUCAAAAAAUUUUACAAGCGAGGAGUGCACUUGCUGAGGUGACUAACGACCUUCAAGAACGUCAGCAAAGGUGGCGAAUGAUCGAGGAGCUAUGUGGCUUCCCCAUCGUUAGCGAUGGUCUGUUAGGCCACUCAGUGGAAGUCGAAGAACAUACCCGUCGCAGUUCCAUUGCACAGGCCUUGGCAGUUUGUGCAAAUCUGGGUGGUAUCGGCUCGCUGCCAGACCCAAGCCGUCGAAUAAUGUACUCAUGGGACGGUCAGCUGGAAUCUCCAAGGAGCAGUGUGCAUUUUAAACAAAAUCCGUUGAAGAGCGACUCAGAUUUGAAGAAAACUUUCCAGAGGAACACUUCAUUAGCAAGUGAUGGAGGCUCGGUUAGUGGUCGUUCUUCGCCAGCUUGCAUUGUAAGCGCUCAGGAUAAGAGAGAAAUUCUGAAAUGCAGCUCACUGGUUGAACAACUUGGGAAGUCAGCAUCGAUAGAUUCAAGUGUUUUGGAAGGCUGCACUGAUUCGAAAUAUGAUUUGAGAAGCUUGCAGGGCGAAAGAGCAGAGUCGAUCUGUGCACCAGAAAGCCAGUCGUGUGAAGUUGAAGAUUUAUCCAUCCAAAAUGAGACCAAGCCGGAAGUGCGUCCCUCUAAUGGUUCAAGGUGCACUUUUCACUCGAGCCAGUCCACACCUGCAUUUUCCACGAUGGAUCACACGCAUGUAAGGAGCUUGUCCUUGCCGGUCAGUGACGAAAAUACGCUGAUUUCUAAAGAAACUCUGGCAAGAGGAAAAGAUGAAAUAAACUUUAACGAAUCUGAAAGUAGUAAAGAUAUGUUAUCAUUUGAAAUAUUUUCCUCUGAUGAAAAUCUGGUUAUUGGGUCUAAAGAAAAGCAAUUUGGGAGUUGUUCUAAAGUGAACCGUUGCAGUGGUUCUGUUGAAGAGCUGUCAUAUUCUGGUAAAGAGUCCAAGAAAGGAAUUUUGAAAUCUUUUAAGUCUAAAAGACAACAAUCAGCAGAUCAAAUAUCAUUAAAAAGUACUGAUGGAUCUGAUCUUUCUAAAAGAAAAUCAAUUUUCUCUAAACUGAGAAGAAAGUAAUAGAAUUAUGUUUUCUUGAAGGUAGAAAUUAGAAUAUUUAGAGUUUAUUGCUGUUGUUUGCUAGAGAUUGCUUGAAUUUAGAAUAAUUAUCUAGACUUUAGAAUUACACUUUGUUGCUGUAGACAAAACUGCUUAUUAGUUACCUGGAUAUAACGUAUUGGAAAGCUGCAAGGGUAAUUUACAUCUGUGCUGAAGCUAUGUAUUCAUAUUCUGUCUAGUAUAGUCUGAAUAGCUUUGUAUGAAAACUUAUUCUUACAGGUCUUACCAGACGGCAUAUGCCGCAUAACUAUUAUCGCUCGCUGUGAUUUUUUCUUCAGCCUGGUUUUCAUUAAAUUUUAACCGGGUCAGAGAUCAGCGACAAUCUGUGAGCGUCGUUGAUCGAUUAACAUUGUAUCGUCUCCUUGCGUCAACGACAAUCUGCGAUUAUUAAUACCAUAAUCCUGGUCGCCCCGCAAAGCGCACGAAAUGUUUAGGACGAUAAUCUCAACUGUGGCCAUGAUUAUCCCCAUCUUCUAUGAAUUUGUUUUCAUUAACAUUGGAAUGCAGAUGUUCACAGAUUAUCGCAUAUCUGUAUACGCUCGCUCUGCUAUUUAAUGACAAACCAGAUAUUGCAUGUUUAACGAUUGUUCUUUUCCGGCAUUAGUUUAUUAUUUCCCUGUAGUACUCUAAGGCGACUUUGAUCCGGUUUUAGAACAAGACCCACCCUGGCAUUGCUGACUACUUCUUGCUUUCCCGUAUUUUCUCGCUUCAAAUUCAAUAAAAUAUUAAAUGAAAAACCAAAUGAACAAUUGACAUUAUUUGUAUUUAGGCUUUCGUGUUUUUUGCAAUGUAUCUUUUCACGUUGAGAAUGGGUUUGAAACUAUGUAUUUAAAUUUUCAAUUAAUCUUUUUGACUUGUUAGUUCUAGUUCUUAGAAUUUCUUGCAAUGUUUUGACACGGUGACCCAAUGUCACUUACCUUACUUUUACAUUUGAUUUUCACAAGAAAGCAUAAACAGGAGAUACAUUGAAAUGUUCUCUCACGAAUGCUUUUUUGAUCUAAUUUUUAACAACACUUUUGCCAUGUUUUUU